AUGAUGUCAUACUUUUGGAACUCAAGGCCUACUGAAGUAACAAAUAAUGAUAAUAAUACUAAUCUAAAAGAAGGUGAUAAUAAUGCCACCCCCACAAACAAUAAUUCAAAUGAGAUAAAGCAAUCUUCAUCAGAAUCAAGUGAAAUAAAAUCAAAAGUAAAUGAGGAUAAUAAUAAUAAGAGAAAAUUAUCAUCAACUAAUUCACUACCUUCAAUGACUUCUGGAAAUUGGUUAAAUUGGAAUAAUAGAAAAGAAUCUCAAAAGUUUAAUGAUAAUAAUAAUAAUGAAGAAAAUGUAAUAAAUGAAGAUGAUGAAAAUAUAAAUGAUAACGAAGAUAUAGAAAAUGAAGACGAUACUCAACCUGAUGAUAAUGGUGAUGAAGUAGAUGAUCAUGUAAAUUCAUCAAAAAAGAAGGGUAUAAAUUGGUCCUUUUGGAGUAGUAAUAAUAAUAAUGGUACUAAUGGUAAUGAAUCAAGUGAUGAUAACAAAAACAAUGGAAAACAAGAAUCUCCUCCAGUUAAGAAAGAAAAAUCACCACCUGCUAGUAUUGCAAACACCAUACUAAAUUCAAAAACACCGUCAGUACCUUCAAAGCAAGAUUUAUCUAAUGAGCAACAAGAUGAUGCUGUUUUAUAUAAACCUCAUUAUCAAGCUGAUCAAUUUAAUCAAAUAAAUACUCAUAAAAAUGAAAAUUUAAAAGGAAAUUUAAUUGUACCUGAUUGGAGUACAUGUUUACCAGAAGCAUCAACAUCCCACAUAUUCCAAAAUUAUUCUACUUCAAAUCAAGCUAAUGCAAAUCAAACAAUACGAACAGAUUUGAAGAAUUGGAGACAAUUUUUAAAUCAAAUAUCAUCUAAAUUCGGGUUUUCUGGUUCAUUACCGCAUGAAACUGAUCAUUCACAACCUCAACAACAACCUCAACAACAAGAAUCGCCAGAUGUAGAAAAAGAAUUUGGUUUGUUAUAUGAACGUUCUUAUAAAUUAUAUGGGAAAUCUUUAGCAUUGUUACCAAAGGAUAAAAGAGCAUGUUUACCCAAUUAUAAUAAAUAUUAUCAUAAUAUAGAUUCACAAUAUUCAAUUAAUCAUACACCUACUCAAUAUGAAGAAGAUGAGUCAGAUCCGAAUUCAAUAUCAAUUACAAAUGAUGCAAUGGGAAAUUUAUUAAUAAAUAGUAAUGGUAAUAAUAAACCUAAAAGAAUAGACAAUAAGAAUUUAAAUACUGAAAUUGUGAAUCAUAAAUCAGGUCCACUAAAGAAGAUUAAAAAUAUUUUAAUUAUAGGAGUUCACGGUUUCUUCCCAACAAAAAUGAUUAGACCUAUAAUUGGUGCACCAAAAGGAACUUCAUUAAAAUUCGCAAAUGAAGCUGAAAAAUCAAUAAUACGAUAUUGUAUUGAAAAUAAUUUAAUCAAUGAAUCUGAAUCAACUGUAAGUAUACAAAAAAUUGCCCUUGAAAAAGAAGGUAAAAUAUUUGAUAGAGUUCAUUUCUUUACCGAAAUUUUACAAAAAUGGGAAAAUGAGUUAAAUCAAGCUGAUUUUAUAUUUAUUGCUUCACAUUCUCAAGGCUGUGUUGUAUCGAUUAUUUUAUUAUCAAGAUUAAUAAGAAUGGGAAUACUUAAAGAUCCAAUACAUAAAAGAAUAGGAUUAUUAGGUAUGGCUGGUAUUAAUAAUGGUCCGUUUUAUGGAGUUGAUAAAUCAUUUUUCAUGAAGGCAUAUUCUGCAAUUGAACAUGAUUCAUUAAAUGAAUUAUUUGAAUUAACGAAAUUUGAUUCUCCACAAUCGGUAGUUUAUAAAGAAAGUAUAAAGACAAUUAUAAAUUCCAAUGUCAAAUUAUGUUUUGUUGGUUCUAUAAAUGAUCAAUUAGUUCCAUUAUAUUCAGCAUUAGCUUCACAUGUAUUUCAUCCAAAUAUUUAUCGUGCAUGUUAUAUUGAUUAUUCAUCACAAACACCAAAAUUUAUUGAAAAAUUGAUUUCAUUAUGUUCAAAUUUGAUGAAUUUGGGAUUUUAUGAUAAUAAUGUAAUUAAAGAAUUGAGUACAUCAUUAGCUGGUCCAUUAACUGCUGGUGGUCAUUCAAAAAUAUAUAAUGAUGGGAAAGUAUAUGAUUUAGGUAUUAAAUUUGUUUUAGAUACUGAUGAUAUUGUCAUACCAUAUAAUGGAGAAAUAGAUGAAGAAGAUUUUGAUAAUAGUAUAGACAUACCAAUUUCAAAUCAAGUUUAUAUAAAAGAAUUUAACGUUGGUAAAAUUGGUACAAAUCCAUUUAUAUUACCAUGGUGUUUAAGAGGGUUAAUUUUUAAUGUUGAAAAGAAUUGGCCAAAUAGAUAUUAUAAACAAGAUGAAUUGGAGGAUGAUAAUAAUAAUAAGAAGGUAUUUAAAAAUGGUUAUGAAGAGAUUCAUGAAUUAUAUGAGAUAUUUGAACAUUGGAAACCAGAUUCUAAAGUAUUAAAGGAUUUGAAAUUUAGAUUAAAUGGAUUAAGAGCUAGUAAAUUAUAG